CCGAAGAGGAAGGAGCCGGCAGCGUGCGGAGUGAGGGGCGGGACGGGGUGGCCUGCGGAGGGUCGGCGAGGGAGGCCGAGCCAUGCGGGCGGGCCGGGGCGCGGGGCCGCCGGGGCCCGUGGGGGUCGCCGCCGCCGUGCUGCUGCCGCUGCUGCUGUGCGGCGUGGGGCCGGCGCGCGGCUCCGAGGACAUCGUGGUGGGCUGCGGGGGCUUCGUCAAGUCGGACGUGGAGAUCAACUACUCGCUCAUCGAGAUAAAGUUGUACACCAAGCAUGGGACUUUGAAAUACCAGACGGACUGCGCCCCUAACAAUGGCUACUUCAUGAUCCCCUUGUAUGAUAAGGGGGAUUUUAUUCUGAAGAUUGAGCCUCCCCUAGGGUGGAGUUUUGAGCCGACAAACGUGGAGCUGUACGUGGAUGGCGUCAGCGACAUCUGUACCAAGGGCGGGGACAUCAACUUUGUGUUCACGGGCUUCUCUGUGAACGGAAAGGUCCUCAGCAAAGGGCAGCCCCUGGGUCCCGCGGGAGUUCAGGUGUCUCUGAGGAACACUGGAACGGAAGCGAAGAUCCAGUCCACAGUCACGCAGCCUGGUGGAAAGUUUGCGUUUUUCAAAGUUCUUCCUGGAGAUUAUGAAAUCCUUGCAACCCAUCCCACCUGGCCGCUGAAGGAGGCGAGCACCACGGUACGCGUGACCAACUCCAACGCCAAUGCUGCGGGUCCCCUCAUUGUCGCGGGCUAUAACGUGUCUGGCUCUGUUCGGAGUGAUGGGGAGCCCAUGAAAGGGGUGAAGUUUCUUCUCUUUUCUUCCUUAGUCACCAAAGAGGACGUCCUGGGUUGCAGCGUCUCCCCAGUGCCCGGGUUCCAGCCCCAGGACGAGAGCCUGGUGUACUUGUGCUACACGGUCUCCAAGGAGGAUGGCUCCUUCUCCUUCUACUCCUUGCCCAGUGGGGGCUACACCGUGGUUCCGUUCUACAGAGGGGAGAGGAUCACCUUUGACGUUGCCCCUUCCAGACUGGACUUCACAGUGGAGCAUGACAGCUUGAAGAUCGAGCCCGUGUUCCAUGUCAUGGGGUUUUCUGUCACCGGGAGGGUCCUGAACGGACCUGAAGGAGAAGGUGUCCCGGAGGCAGUGGUCACUCUGAACAACCAGAUCAAAGUCAGAACGAAGGCCGACGGCUCCUUCCGCCUGGAGAACAUCACCACAGGCACGUACACCAUCCACGCCCAGAAGGAGCACCUCUACUUUGAGACCCUCACCAUCAAAAUCGCCCCCAACACGCCGCAGCUGGCUGACAUCGUGGCCACCGGGUUCAGCGUCUGUGGGCAGAUAUCAAUCAUUCGCUUUCCUGACACCGUCAAGCAGAUGAGUAAAUACAAAGUGGUCCUGUCGUCUCAAGACAAGGACAAGUCUUUGGUCACCGUGGAGACGGAUGUUCAUGGAUCAUUUUGCUUUAAAGCAAAACCAGGCACCUAUAAAGUCCAGGUGGUGGUCCCUGAGGCGGAGACCAGGGCAGGACUGAUGUUGAAGCCCCGGACCUUCCCGCUCGUGGUGACCGACAGCCCUGUCAUGGACGUGGCCUUUGUGCAGUUUCUGGCCUCCGUGUCUGGGAAAGUCUCUUGUUUGGAUACCUGCGGCGACCUGCUGGUGACCCUGCAGUCCCUGAGCCGCCAGGGCGAGAAGCGGAGCCUCCAGCUCUCCGGCAAGGUCAACUCCAUGACUUUCACGUUUGACAACGUGCUCCCUGGAAAAUACAAAAUCAGCAUCGUGCACGAGGACUGGUGCUGGAGGAACAAGAGCCUGGAGGUGGAGGUCCUGGAGGACGGCGUGUCGGCGGUGGAGUUCAGGCAGACGGGCUACAUGCUGAGGUGCUCCCUGUCCCACGCCAUCACUCUGGAGUUCUAUCAGGAUGGAAAUGGACCUGAGAACGUGGGCAUUUACAACCUCUCCAAAGGAGUCAACCGCUUCUGCCUGUCCAAGCCCGGUGUGUACAAGGUGACGCCUCGCUCCUGCCACCGGUUCGAGCAAGCCUUCUACACCUACGACACGUCUUCACCCAGUAUCUUGACGUUGACAGCCAUUCGCCACCAUGUCCUUGGAACUAUCACCACUGACAAAAUGAUGGAUGUCACUGUGACUAUCAAGUCCUCCAUCGACAGCGAGCCAGCCUUGGUCCUAGGCCCUCUGAAGUCUGCGCAGGAGCUGCGGAGGGAGCAGCAGCUGGCGGAGAUCGAGACCCGCCGGCAGGAGAGGGAGAAGAACGGCCAGGACGAGGGCGGGGAGGGGAGGGCCCGGCCCCCGGGGCAGGAGCUGGUGGACGAGCUGCAGGGCCCCUUCUCCUACGACUUCUCCUACUGGGCCAGGUCUGGAGAGAGGAUCACCGUCACGCCCUCGUCCAAAGAGCUGCUCUUCUACCCGCCUUCCAUGGAAGCGCUCGUCAGCGGAGAAAGCUGCCCAGGGAGGCUGAUCGAGAUCCACGGGAAGGCGGGCUUGUUCCUAGAAGGCCAGAUCCACCCGGAGCUGGAGGGGGUCGAGAUCGUCAUCAGUGAGAAGGGGGCCAGCUCGCCCCUGAUCACCGUCUUCACCGACGACAAAGGAGCCUACAGCGUUGGCCCCCUGCACAGUGACCUGGAGUACACGGUGACCUCACAGAAGGAGGGCUACGUGCUGACUGCGGUGGAGGGGACCAUAGGGGACUUCAAGGCCUACGCCCUGGCCGGAGUGAGCUUCGAGAUCAGAGCUGAAGACGACCAGCCCCUCCCCGGGGUGCUCCUGUCGCUCAGCGGUGGCGUGUUUCGUUCCAACCUCUUGACUCAGGACAAUGGCAUCCUGACCUUCUCCAACCUGAGCCCUGGCCAGUACUACUUCAAGCCCAUGAUGAAGGAGUUCCGCUUUGAGCCGUCCUCGCAGAUGAUCGAGGUGCAGGAGGGGCAGAACCUGAAGAUCACCAUCACCGGGUACCGCACCGCCUACAGUUGCUAUGGCACAGUGACAUCUCUGAAUGGAGAGCCAGAACAGGGCGUGGCGGUGGAAGCCGUGGGGCAGAAGGACUGCAGCAUGUACGGAGAGGACACUGUGACGGACGAAGAGGGGAAGUUCAGGCUGCGGGGCUUGCUGCCGGGGUGUGUGUUCCACGUGCAGCUCAAGGCCGAAGGCAAUGACCACAUCGAGCGGGCGCUGCCCCACCAUCGGGUCAUCCAGGUCGGCAACAACGACAUCGAUGACGUGAACAUCAUAGUUUUCCGGCAGAUUAACCAGUUCGACCUAAGUGGAAACGUGAUCACCUCCUCUGAGUACCUUCCCACAUUGUGGGUGAAGCUUUACAAGAGCGAGAACCUCGACAACCCGAUCCAGACGGUGUCCCUGGGCCAGUCCCUCUUCUUCCACUUCCCGCCCCUGCUCAGAGACGGCGAGCACUACGUCGUGCUCCUGGACUCCACGCUGCCCAGGUCCCAGUACGACUACGUCCUGCCGCAAGUCUCCUUCACCGCCGUGGGCUACCACAAGCACAUCACCCUGAUUUUCAACCCUACGAGGAAGCUGCCUGAGCAGGACAUCGCACAGGGGUCCUUCAUCGCCCUGCCGCUGACGCUGCUGGUCCUGCUGGCUGGUUACAACCAUGACAAGCUCAUUCCCUUGCUGCUGCAGUUGACCAGCCGGCUGCAGGGAGUCCGAGCACUGGGCCAGGCAGCCUCUGACAACAGUGGCCCCGAGGACGUGAAGAGACAGGCCAAGAAACAGAAGACGCGGCGGACGUGAGGAGCAGAGGCCGCUGCCGUCCCCGGGGAGCAUCGACCAGCCUCGCCACGCCGCCCGGCCCCAUCAUGGUGGUCCCCUCCUCCCUUCGUGUGGCCUCGUGGUGCAAUGCAAUGAAUGGACCCUCCUGUCACUCUGCUGAACACAAUUUAUUUUCUGAGUUGAAGAUAAUUUAUUAUUAUUAUUUUUGUCAAAGACGUAUUUAAGCUGUGCUGGCGUGAGGACGUGACUCUUAGUCUUGAGCGUCAUUUGCAGGAAGAGUCCCAGUACACGUGGCGUCUGGUGCAGGAUGAAGGUGCCUCUGGUCUGUCCUCUGCCCGAAUCCCCUUGCACUGAGAGCCUGCUGGACCACAGCCGCCUGCGCCCGCCACCGGGAGCAUCGAUUAGGAGGUGAAAGUCAAUAAACCGCCCGUUCAUCUGUGUUGUA